AUGGAUCGGUUCGGACGACGGCCGCUUCUGCUGCUGGGCAGUGUAAUAAUGACCAUUUCCCACAUCAUCAAUGCGGUCCUGGUCGGCUUGUACUUUGACAGCUGGAACGAUCAUAAAGACAAAGGCUGGAUGGUCGUGGCUUUCCUCUUCCUCUUUCUGCGCGGGAAAGGCGUGGCGUGGAGUACCUGCAGCAACUGGCUCAAUAAUUUCAUCAUUGGUCUGAUCACGCCGCCUCUGAUCCAGAACACACGGCGAUUUGGAGCGUAUACAUUUUUUGCAGUCUUUUGUACCCUGAAUUGGAUAUGGACUUGGUUCUGUGUGCCAGAGACAAAAGGGCGGAGUCUGGAGGAUAUGGACCGAGUGUUCGGAGAUCGGGCUGCAGUUGCAGACAAAGUUCGAAGGAAAGAAAUCCUCAAAGAGCUAAAGCAAAAUGAUGGUCGAAUGAAACAAGAGGAAGCAAAGACAGUGUGA